AUGAAUGUUCAUAAAAAAAUUCUAGAAAAGAAUGGAAGAUUGGACUCAUAAUAUGCUCAAUAAUAAUAAUCACAUGCAAAGGAAGAGGAAUAUAUUCAAAACAAAUAAAAUAGUGUCUAGAUAUAAUUUAAUGCUUCCUAUAAUAAUAUUAGAUGUACAUCCAACAUAUUCCCACAGUCGAAAUAGACCUUUAUCGAUGCAAAAAUUCCAUUUGCUAUUAUGAUUUAACCGUAUGGAUAAUCCGUACAAGAUGGAUUUGUGUCAGUCAAUAAUGGAGGCUACCCUAUUAUAAGAUGUGCAAGUUGUAGAGCAUAUUUGAAUCCAUUUAUGAAUUUCAUAGAUGACUUUGACUACCUAAGAUGCAACUUAUGUAAUUUGAUUACUUAAAUUGGAUUCAAUACUAUAACAAAAGAGAAUUCAAAUUAAAGAAUUGAAUUAACAUUAGGAUCAUAUGAUAUCAAGGCUGGAUAAGAGUAUUAGGCAAGACCACCUAUGGCUCCUGCAUAUUUUUUUAUGAUUGAUGUUUCAACAAAGAGUGAAGCACUUUUAGGAAUUAUUGGAUAGGUGAUGAAUGAGUUGAUGAUAAGCGAAUAAUUCAACGAAAGAACGCUAUUCGGAUUUUUGACAUUUGAUUCUUCUAUUCAUUUGUACAAUUUCAAUUCAAAACUUAAAUAAGCCCAGAUGUAUGUUUUAACAGAUGAUAAUGAAUUGCCUAUGCCUGGAGAAUUUCUAUUUAAUUUACAAGACUCUAAAGAUAUAAUUGUUGGAUUCUUGAAUUCUUUAGGUCAACUAUUUUCAAAACCUCUGUAGAAGGCUACAUAAUUCAUGGAAGCAUUGAAGAUAUCAUAAAAAUUGAUAAAAGAGAAUGGUGCAAAAUUAAUUAUCUUAACAUCUUCACCAAUUAAAGAAUUGAGUAUUGUGGAUAAUGGGAAGCAGCAACAAUAGUAUUUACAUAAAAGCAAAUCAGUAUUGACGCAAAUUACAGAAAGUAUGUAUUUUCAAUUUAUAUGCCCAUCAAUAUUUGUAGUUCCAAAUAAUUAUAUGAACAUAUACACUAUCAAUCAAUUGGCAACUUAUCUAAAUGGAGAUGUGUUCUAUUAUGAUGAUCCCACAGUUUAUACAACUAAAUUUAGGAAUGACUUAAAAGAAGUGUUGAGCAGAGAUUAUGCCUGGGAAUCGGUAUUUAGAGUUAGAACUUCUGUUGGAUGGAAGAUUAAAUAUGUGUAUGGCAAUUAUGUUGUGAAAACUUCAGAUCUUUUGAGUAUUAAUAAUUGCGAUGACUAAAAAGUGUUAGUUUAUGAAUUAGAACUAACCGAACCGAAUCUACCUUAUGAUAAUCUCUACAUAUAAACUGCUUUAUUGUAUACUUCCUUGAAAAGCGAGAGAAGAAUUAGAGUUCAUAAUUAUUGUAUUCCUCUUAGUAAUUCUGUCAAAACUAUAUACUCUCAUAUCGAUCAAUCCACAUUGGCAAUGAGCAUCUUUAAAAUGGCUUUGUUUUAAAUUAAUUCAGCUAAGAAUUUGAUUCCUGUUAAAGAAUACAUAAUCUCAACUAUUAGAUCGAUCUUUUAUAAUUGUAAAUUAUACAAUAUCAGUUUGGAUUAAAUGUAUGCGUACUCUUUAGGUAUCAUGAAAUCGAUUAUAUUUAAUUACUCUUAUGAUUAAUAAAGUAUCUUGACGGAUUAUGUCAACUACUUUAGAAUUGUAUUUCAGUAUAUCCACUUCGAUGAAUUAGUUACUUAUUUAGUACCACAAUUAUACAAUGUGAGUAGUUUACAAGAACAUUAAUGUGUUUAUGAUGAUGAGGGUCAGUUCGCGUACCCAGAAUAAUUAUCUUUAGUGUUCUCUGAGUUAUCAAGUGGAGGUCUUUAUCUGAUGGAUUGUGGAUAUUGUUUAAUAUUAUAUAUAUGCAUAAUACAUGAUCCAACUUAAUUAGUAACUCUAUUUGAUGCGGAAUACGACACUAAACAAAAUGAGGAUAACCUCUAAUCGCACAAUGGAAUCUAUACUCUGAUCUCCCAAUUAAGAUACAAUAAAUUUACAAAAUAUGCUCCGUUGUACAUUGUCAAAUAAGGUUGUAAGAGUAUAUGGGAAGAUGUAUUUAUGCAAAAUCUAAUUUAUGAAGAUUUCAAUCCUUAGUAUAGGAUGGACUACAAUAGAUUUGUAUCAUAUAUUGGUUGA